AUGCCAGCAUUUGCUUUCUGUCAAAAGAUACGUGAGGGUGCCCACGACCGAACCACUUCCGCUACUCUGGCAUUUGUGGCAAAGGGUGAAAACUGGCAACGCAAAUUAAGCUUAAAGCUUAAGCUUAAAGCCCCAGCCCCCAGCCCCAGCUGUGCCCAGCCCCAGCCCUGCCCCCCAGCCCCAGCCCCAGCCCCAGCCCCAGCCCAGCCCCAGCCCCAGCCAGCCCAGCCUGCCCCAGCCCCGGCCCAGCCCUGGGCCCCAGCCCGGCUCCAGCCCGGCCUCAGCCCACCAGCCCCGCCCAGCCCCCGCCCAGCCCCAGCCCCUCCCAGCCCCUGUGCCCACCAGCCCCACCAGCCCGCCCCAGCCCUGGCCCUGCCCUGGCCCAGCCCUGGCCCCAGUUCUGCCCUGGCCCCAGGGCCCGCCCGCCUGCGCCUGCCCCACCCCCGCCCCAGCCUGGCUCAGCCUGCCUCUCAGCCUGCCCGCCUGCCUGCCUGUCUCAGCCUGCUCAGCCCGCCUCAGCUCCGCCCCCAGCCUGGCUCAGCUCCGCCCAGCCUGGGCCCCAGCCCUGCCCUCAGCCUCAGGCUCCCAGCCUGCCAGCCUGCCUGGCUGCCUGCCCAGCCUGGCUCAGCCUGCCUGCUCAGCCUCAGCCCGCCUCAGCCUGGCUUUAAAGCCUGCUCAGCCUGCCUGUGCUGCCUUAAAGCCUGCUUAAAGCCUUGCCUCAGCCUGCCGUUCUUAAAGCUAAGCUAA